AGAGAAUCUUUGGAAGCUCUCCUCUGCCUUUGGUUUUCCCUUUCCUCUUGCUUUUCCUCUGGCCUUCUUUCUUUCUCUCCGAUGCUGUUUGGUCUUUUCCCUCUCACUCAGAAUCACUUUUCCUUGCUCUGAGAUACCCAUUCCCCUUUCUCUCUCCCUCUCUCUGUCUCUCUCUCAUUUUCCAUUCCAAAAAGGCUAUCAAUAAAAGAGAAAAAGCUUCACAAAAGCCCUCAGCUUUUAUUUCUUUGUCUGCCAUAAAAUGCCAUUAAUAUAACACUUCACUUCCCUCCCAAUCCCACUUGCUACUCUCUCUCUCUCUCUCUCUCUCACUGAAACUCGCCGGCGAAUCAAUCUCCCGGCGACUCCCCCCCCCCAAUUUUCCACUCUUUACGCGUUGUCUCUUUGAGUUUCUAAGAAAAUGGGUUAACUUCUUGUGCUUAUUUUCUCUAUUUUACUAGACUAACUCUUAAAGGACCUCACUUUUUCUAAGCUGGACUGGUUUUUCCCCAUCUGGGUUUUCUGUUUCACCCCAUUUUCUCAUCUGGGAACCAACCAACACCCCAUCAGAGAAAAAAAAAAAAAAAAAAGUGAAGGAAGAAAAAUGAUUACCCUCACAGACCUUUACCACGUUCUCACAGCCGUUGUGCCUCUGUAUGUUGCCAUGAUCUUAGCCUACGGCUCUGUGAAAUGGUGGAAAAUCUUCAGCCCCGACCAAUGCUCCGGCAUCAACCGCUUUGUAGCGCUCUUUGCAGUCCCCCUCCUUUCCUUUCACUUCAUCUCCACAAACAACCCCUAUGAGAUGAACUACAGGUUCAUAGCCGCUGACACUCUGCAAAAAGUCAUCGUCCUGGUGGUCCUAGCCAUCUGGUCCAGAACCAGCUCGAGAGGAUCUCUGGAAUGGUCCAUAACCCUCUUCUCUCUUUCCAGUCUCCCAAACACACUCGUCAUGGGAAUCCCUUUGCUGAAGGGAAUGUAUGGAGACGACUCAGGGACUCUCAUGGUUCAAAUUGUGGUCCUCCAAUGCAUCAUAUGGUACACUUUGAUGCUCUUCUUGUUUGAAUACAGGGGAGCCAGGCUUCUGAUCGUUGAGCAAUUCCCUGACACUGCUGGCUCGAUUAUUUCCUUUAGAGUUGAUUCUGAUAUCCUUUCCUUGGAUGGGAAAGAACCGCUUGAAACCCAAGCUGAAGUUGGUGAAGAUGGGAAACUCCAUGUCACCGUCAGAAAAUCAACUUCUUCUCGCUCCGAAAUCUUCUCCCGGCGAUCCCACGGCCCUAAUUCCGGCCUUUCACUCACUCCACGGCCGUCGAACUUGACGAAUGCCGAGAUUUACUCGCUCCAGUCCUCGAGAAAUCCCACCCCUAGAGGUUCGAGUUUCAACCACACUGAUUUCUACUCCAUGGUGAACGGUAAGAACGCCAGCAAUGUGAGCCCGAGGCAAUCCAAUUUCGGCAACCUGGGUUUCGACGAGGAGAGCGCCGGAGUCGGCGUGUUCGGGAACCCGGCGAGAGCCAACGGGGGUGCCUAUCCGGCUCCGCCGAGUGCCGGUAUUUUCUCGCCGGGUGCGAAGAAGAAGGUCAAUGGGGCUGCUGGUGGUGGUGGUGGUGAUGGAGGCAAAGACCUUCACAUGUUUGUUUGGAGCUCAAGCGCCUCCCCUGUGUCCGAAGGUGGGAUCCAUGUUUUCAGGGGUGGAGAAUAUGGAAAUGAGCUUGGUGGGGUUGGUCACCAAAAAGAUUAUGAUGAGUUUGGUCGGGAUGAGUUCAGCUUUGGAAACAGGCCAGCCCCAAACGGGGUCGACCGUGAAGGCCCCGUGCUUUCCAAGCUCGGCUCCAGCUCCACGGCGGAGCUCCACCCAAAGAGUGGUGCUCAAGGUGAAUCCAAGGCAACUUCUAUGCCGCCUGCCAGCGUCAUGACCAGACUCAUUUUGAUUAUGGUUUGGCGAAAGCUCAUUAGGAAUCCCAAUACUUACUCCAGCCUCAUUGGCCUCACCUGGUCUUUGGUCUCCUUCAAGUGGAAAAUCACGAUGCCGGCGAUCAUAGCCAAUUCCAUAGCCAUUCUAUCUAAUGCUGGUCUGGGAAUGGCCAUGUUUAGUCUUGGUUUGUUCAUGGCAUUGCAGCCAAAAAUUAUUGCAUGUGGGAACUCCAUUGCCACCUUUGCCAUGGCGGUUCGUUUCAUCACCGGUCCGGCGGUCAUGGCUGCCGCCUCGUUUGCUGUUGGACUAAAAGGAGUUCUUUUGCACAUUGCUAUUGUACAGGCAGCUCUUCCCCAAGGGAUAGUACCCUUUGUGUUUGCUAAGGAAUACAAUGUUCAUCCAGACAUUCUGAGCACUGGGGUUAUAUUUGGGAUGCUAAUAGCUCUUCCUAUUACUCUAGUUUACUACAUCUUACUGGGGCUUUGAAGCUGCUGCUGUUAGGGAAAUAGCUAUAGUAGUGGUACCUUUUUGAAAUGGGGAAUUUUUUUGGCUCUCUAACAGAUGAAGAACAUAGCAUUUCAGCAAUUUAGAGGAGAGGAGAGAAAGUAGGGAAGCAAGUGGAAAGAUUUGAGGACGAAAUGAAGAAGCAUAUGAGCAAUGGGGGGAGAGCUACAACUUUUGUUUUCAUUUUUGCCCUUUUUUUUCUGUGUUUUUUUUUUCUUUUUCUUCUGGUUUAACUGAGAGCCUUUGUGCAACUACUGCAUUUGUUGUUUUGACGAGGAAAGUGAAACUUGUUUGUAGUUGGAGACAGCGGUAGCUGCUGCUUUUUUAGUACUAACUUUUUGAAGUUGAAAAAAAGAAAAGAUUAAAAAGGCAA